AUGAAAAUUGGUUUCUUAGCUGGUAUGUCAAUCAAUGCAUCUGGCAUCACAUCUUCAACUAACAAGAUUGGACAAGUUUUGUCCAAGGAUGAGAUGACUCAAAGCUUUGCUGCUGAAGUUGUAUUCAUUGCUCUAAUGAACAUCACCUGCAGUGGCAAUAUUGGCAGGACGCUUGGACCAAGGACAUGGAACAAUGGAGCUUUCAUUGAGAUUAAAAUGAGAAACAGCUUGCUGGGGAGACCUGGAAAAAUGAAGCCUUGGAUUGUUAGAGCUUUGAGAAUUAGAAGUUAA